CGACUGUAUAUAUAAUAAUAAAGUUUAGGUCACGUCUUGCUUUGUGUUUUACUUGGAUUUUUUUCUGCGAUUUACACUAGGUAGAAGUUAGUUUUUGCCACUAGAACCACGGGUGGGCCGUUAUGCUGUACAAUAUUUGUUUGAAUCGAAACGUUGAAAAUAACCAACUGGUUGUGAUUUUUUCACGCGUGUUGAAAAUAUAUGGAAUUCUUAAAUUUUGAAAGUGUACAUGUGAGAUAUAUAUAAAAAAAACUAACUAAUGCAAAGCGACGUUCUUUUAUCGUAGUUACCUACAUUCAUAAACGACUGCCCAUUGAAAUGGUGGAGAAAAUGCAUUGAGUCUGAAUAUUUAGUAUUAACUGCCAUCAACUGGCAAACGCAAGCACGAUGAAUUUAAAGUUGACAUAGGAUUUCAGAACCUAACGAUGUAAAUUCCUUUGACUCCUUAGUACCUGCAAAUGCAAAAUAGAAUUUAAAACUCAAAAAAAAACAACAUGCUGCGAACAGGUUUCAGGAUAAUUCAGUAUUCUCUGGAUUUACAACCAACCAGAUCGUUAAGUCUGUUUGCGCCAUGCCAUCAGAAAACUGUAUUCAAUGGCACUUCCGCCGUGACUGCGCAUGAGCAAGAAUUUGGAACUUCCGGUUGUUCUGUAAAGACUUUGGCAAGUUUCGACGUAAAUGAUUACAGAACCGCAUUCAAAAACAAGAAAAUGUCAGAGAUUGUACGGGCAUUGGUCAUCUUCAAGCUAUGCACAUACGAUUUUCUGGUGAAAAACAGUCUGUCGCUCAUGAAGAUCAGCAAACGCCUUUUUGGAUCCAGGCUCUAUAACCGUUGUAUGAAGGCAACCAUUUACAGCCAGUUUGUGGCAGGGGAAACAGAAGACGAGUUAAAAGUAGCCAUUGGCAAACUGCAGCAGAACGCUAUGGGACCUAUGCUGUGUGUUCCAGUAGAGGAGGACGCUGGUCAAUCACAAAGUCGGGAUGUUUGGUACCAUGAGAAUUUAGAGAUGAUUCUAGGAUGUAUCAAACUGUCGAAGAUGGUGGAUCCAAACUACCCGAUGUCACAGAUUAAGCUUACAGCUGUUGUCCCCGGGGAUCUUUGUGCUGUCUUGAGUGAAAAAUUUCCCGACCCCCACUCCAGUAUGAAUGUCCUGGAAUGUAUAGUGAAUGGUCUGAAAGGAAAUGAAAUUGACAUAGAUGGCCUUGAUAAAGACAAUGCCGCAGCACUGAACAAAGCAUUAGGGAGACUGAAAUCGAUUGGUGAGCUUGCAGAGAAUUUAGGGGUGCUGCUACUUAUUGAUGCUGAAUACACAUACCUAAACCCCGCCCUAAGGACUCUCAGCUUGGCAAUGAUGCUGCAGUUCAACCGUGGCAGACCCAUCGUCGCAUACACUUACCAGAACUACCUUAAAGAAACCUAUGGGAACUUACAGAAGGACUGCAAAUUUGUUCGCUCUAAAGGUGCUGGUUUUGCCACCAAGCUGGUCCGCGGAGCUUACAUGUACAAAGAGCGUCAGAUGGCAGUAGACGCUGGAUAUGAAGAUCCGGUUCACCAGACGUUUGAAGAUACCACUGCAAUGUAUAACCAGUCCAUGGAACACCUGCUUGAUGGUAUACAACGAGAACCAGACAAGUUCUAUGUGGUUAUUGCAUCACACAAUGAGGACACGGUCAAACAUGCUGUUCAAGAGGUUGAUAAAAGGUCAUUGAGUACAAACAAUGGUACAAUAUUUUUCGGACAGUCGUAUGGAAUGUCCGACUAUCUAUCGUCUGCUCUAGGUCAAGCUGGAUUUGCAGUCUAUAAGUCAACCCCAUAUGGUCCCGUGGAUGAAACCAUCCCCUAUUUACACAGAAGGGCACUUGAGAACUCGGCAGUUUUGGGAGGGACACAGAAAGAGCGACAACUGCUUUGGAAGACUUUCGUGAACAGAAUCACGCUCGGUGCUCUCCCGAGAAGUCCUGCUUGAACUAAGUGAAUGGAACAUAUGUUGUCAACAGUACUUUCGAAUAUGCCCAAGAGAAGAAGACAUAAACACCUCCGUGUAUUUAUAUGACUCGUUACUUAAACUGUACCUAGAAAACUAUACGCAUUUAUACACCAUGUAGUUAUACACCAGGUAUUUAUACACAAUUAAUUUCUGCUAUGUAUUUAUACCGAAUUUAAUAUGGACGAAGAACGAUGCAUGGCAACCAAAAUAUUUGUAAUGCACAGUUAUAUGAUUGUUCAGACAGCCGUGUGUUACAUUAGUGAAAAUGUUUACAGCAAGCCUUAUAUGUGGACAUGCGCACUUUAACGUUUGUAAUAAUUUGAACAGAUAUUAUUCUAUAAGAAUAUGUUAUAUGUUAUAUCAAUUUUGUAUUAAAGCUAAAAAUUUAA